AUGUCCUCCGUGCGUCGGAACCUGCUUCCUGCAUUCAACAGUUCAUCAGAUCAGAGGUUUGAUCGUCCAGUGAUUCUAGAGAAUAACCAUGAAGAGAUCAUUCUGGAUGCCAUCCAGCAGGAGCCAUUCUGGGCCAGGCUCAAGGAUUCCAUGCCUUCUUGGCCCGAUCUCAAGGGCUCCAUGCCCCGCAUCACCCCCGCGAGGAUGAUGCUCUUGCUGUCCGUUCUGGCGAUGUUCAUCCCGGGAUACAUGGGACUGGCCCAGCCGUGGAGCCUGAGGUGGAAGGUAAACUUUAUGAAGUCCACCGUCAAGGUCCUCGGCGCUGGACUCGGUGGCUCGAAGGCCAUGCUCGUCUACUCUGCGCUGAGCAUGUAUAUCCCUGGCUUCUUCGAGCCCGGCGGCAAUCCCAUACCAAAACAGGACCGCUACGCGCAGCCUCCCAUGGGGUUCUGCCCGGCAAACCACACCUUAGCGUUCAGUAUGUAUGUCAUGCCGAAUAAGGACCACCGUGUUCAAUACCAUUCCCCGGAAUUCUGCCCGCGUCUUAGCAGCUGUGGCGAUGGUUAUGGUUCCUUCUAUGCAUCGAAGCUGCCCGUGGGGGUCCGUCCGCAGGGCUUCAUACCCACGCUGGGGGGCGUCAACGUGAUGAGCACGGCGACGCUGCACUCGGCCGCGAGCGUGGAGUACAAUUACACGAGCAGGGUCUGGUCGAUCCACUUGACGUUCGAGAGCGGCUCUGGUGCCACUCCGUACGUGCCUUUCCUCCUUGACCAGCGCUCGCCGACGGGGCCGAGCCUGAAUUUCUUCAGUGAGGUGGCGCCGUGGUGCGGGGUGACCAGAGGGUAUUGCUGUUACGGCGACUUCCUGAAUUCCACCGUGUACUUCAACGACGCGCUGUAUUCUGCGCUGUCCGGAAUUGCAGACUGCGAGGAGCACGUUGGAGAGUGGGCGGCUGUGCUGGCGGGUCCCUUGCUGUCCUCCUACGGCGGGAUCCGGCCAUCCUCGCACAUUGCCUUUGACUUCCAGACAGGGACGCUCUACAUCCCGCACGAAGAGGCGCAAAGAUACGGCAAAGAAUAUCUGGACGAGAACGACAAGUAUGUGAUUGAUCUGAGGUUCGCGGCGGUGUUCCAGGGGGGCGGCGGGGAGGGCCUUCUGAACCUGGCGUGGGUCCCGUACCAGGCGGUGCUGCUCCGGGACAUCGACGACCUGUACAAGCGGUCCUACCAGGAUGUAAGGGAUUGCGUGGAUCUGCAGCAGCCCAAGCCCGAGCACUCGUUCUGGCUGGCCAGGUACAAGUCCCCGGGUUCGGAGGAGCGGGUGUGCGAGUGGUUCUGCGACAUCGGCUACUACAGCUACCCGCUGCACGCUCUGGAGGUGGAGCGGAGGGAGGGGUACGGCUCGGUGCCGGAGGCGGUGUGUGCGGUCCCGCCCCCAGACGGCAUCGCGGUGGGGUACAGCCUGUGGCUGCUGAUGAACACGACGGAGCUAUCGCUGGAGCUGGGGCAGGCGGUCGUGCCGCAGAACCUGACGAUGGACUCCGCACCCUCUGUGCCGCGUUGGCUGGACUCUCUGGCGGCCAACCUGAGCGCGGGGCUCGCGCGGGAGGCGGCGGGGAUCGCGGGCCGGGCGGUGGGGGUGCGGGCGGUGGCGGAGCUGCGCGACACCAAGUAUGCCCGGGAGUGGCGCGUCUAUAUGCAGACGCUGCGGUCGCUUUAUGAGAGGAAAUUUCCCGGGACUGCCAUAGACGGCCUGCAGACGGUGUUCCUGCGGGAUGAGCGGUCGGAGCCGUACGCUUUCCCUAGCUGGCUGCAGAGCAUGGGGGUCUUUGACCAGGAGUCGACGGUGGACAUCGGGGUCUACCCCGUCGCAAGGAGGUCCGGGAGGGUGUCCAUGUCGGUUGGAGGGGGGUCGACGCACUCGAGAAGGCAGCUCUCCGCUCCCCCGCCGAUCAACGCGCUGGCGCUGGAGGUGGUCGUCUACCUCGACUCGCAGGGGUUGACGCUUGGGGACGUGGUGAACUCGAUCUUCCAGUCCGGGGUGGCGAUGGUGAACAGUACGGAGGUGCGCGGGCUGUGGGGGAUGGACAUCUACGUGCGGGAGAUGACGUCUUCGAAGCAGGUAGAGCGCCACAAGCACGUGGGCGAGCUGGAUAACCUUCACCGUUUCGAGAGCGAGGCCAUCGUGACAACCGUGAACGAGAUUGCGGAGGGAGGAAUGCAGCCGCGGACACGGAUUCUUGGGGCGGAUGACUGCCAUACCCUGGUCCGGAGCACGCUGACGCUGAGCGGGGCGGACGGAUGCGGGAGGGUGCUGGGCUCCGCGAUGAUGAAGCUCCCUGUCGGGGUGCCGGGCCGGGACGACUUUGCCUCGAGCGGAGCGAUGCUCUCCCGUCUCCUGGCGCCCGGAAGCAGUCUGUUCGGAGAGCACGAAGAAGUGAGGAGCGCCAUGCAGCGGCACCUGCGCGGGAUUUCGGAGGGUGAGGAGAUCCAGAAGACAGAAGGGAGAGAGGAGCCCGUGCCCAACAACCUCAUGGGCGCGCUGAUCUUUGCGGAGGUGGCGAGGGCCGGGGACCGCUUCGGCCCGUGGGAGGUCCAGUCCAAGAUCGGCCCCUGCAUGGUCUGCGCGAGGAGCAUGGUGCGCGGCAACAGCUCGCACGAGUUGGAGUGGGCGGCACAGGCGCGGGCUUGCAGGGCCGUGUCCGGGCUCAUGGAGAGGGUCGGCCUGGACAUCGUCCGCCACUGCAUCACGGCGCGGAGGGGCGCGGAGACCUACACGCUCGACUCGGUCCUCCUCCCCGUCGGCCCGUCCUCCAACGACGCCCUGUGCUGCACGGUGGUGAAGAUGGCGGGAGGCGAGGUGCCGGCGGGCUGGUCGACCCACGUCCACACCGCGGAGUUGAACCAGAUCGACACGAGGAAGGGCAGCAACCGCUACGACCUGGUCUGCGCGCAGGCGGCCAACCUCCUCCGCCAUGCCAAGCAGGUUAGUGCCAAGCACCUGGAGAACCAGGUCCUGCGGGAGGUGCUGCGGAUGCGCCCCGAGCCGCUCUCGGACGAAGCGCGGAGGCUGACGGGCAAGCACAACGGCGCCUACCUCAAGUCGGAGGUGCACCUGCAGCAGCUCAACGACGAGCUGCGGCGGGAGAUGACGGCGGCGGAGGUCGGGGAGGCGGAGGCGUGGGUCGGCCUGGCCAUGUCCCGCCGCAGGCCCUACAUCCGCUGCGUGCAGGGCUCGAUGGCCAAGAACUACGACCCGAGCGGGCUGGAGGUGUCGACCGUGGGCGCGGAGCUGAACAUGAAGUUCUCCUUCUCCGCGCCCUGCGUCACGGAGGCGUUCCAGGGAAGGUCCAUCGCCGUGGAGCUCGGCAACCGCUGGAGGGUGGAGGGCAACACCAUAGGGCUGAUGCCGAGGCCGUUUGCGGGAUAA